ACGCUGUCAAAUACUUGUGAUGAAUUUGUAAAUAAAUUGUAAAUAAGAAAUUAAAUUUUUUGUUAAAAAUUAUAAUAGGACGUAAUUAGAAUUAUUUUGAAAAUAUUUGGUACUUUGGUAGAUUUAAUAACAUUUUUGAGAAUAAGGCUUCAACACGGGUAACGAAAUGUCUGCCUCGGCCAUGGAAAAACAUCUCUUUAAUUUAAAAUUUGCUGUAAAAGAACUGGAACGAAAUUCAAAAAGAUGCGAAAAAGAAGAAAAAGUGGAGAAAGCAAAAACAAAGAAAGCUAUUCAGAAGGGCAAUAUGGAAGGAGCAAGAAUACAUGCUGAAAAUGCAAUUCGACAAAAAAAUCAAGCAUUGAAUUAUCUUCGCAUGAGUGCCAGAGUUGAUGCCGUAGCUAGUAGAGUACAAACUGCCUUAACUACUAGAAAGGUUACUAAUUCUAUGGCUGGUGUUGUGAAAGCUAUGGAUGCAGCAAUGAAGGGUAUGAAUUUGGAAAAGAUCUCUGGUCUUAUGGAUAAAUUUGAAUCUCAAUUUGAAGAUUUGGAUGUGCAAAGUAGCUACAUGGAAAAUGCUAUGUCUACCACAACAACAACUACAGUUCCUCAAGGCGAUGUUGACCAACUUAUGCAACAAGUAGCUGAUGAGGCAGGCCUUGAAUUAAAUAUGGAACUGCCUCAAGGAAUAGGCUCAACUGCUAUAGGUGCAUCCACACAAGCUUCGCAAGAGCAAGAAGAAUUAACCCAAAGAUUGGCUAAACUCAGACAAUCAGAAUAACUAAAUUAUACAAAUUAAGAGUUACUGGAAAUAUAUUUGAAAUAUAACAUUAUUACUAUGUGGCACUUUCAAGUCAAAUUGGGCAUGUGAUAAAUAUUAAAAUUUGCUUAAGCUUUUAUUAAUACAAUAUUAUUAGUGCGC